AAAAAGAGAAAAACAAGAAGGGGCUUAAGAAGGGUUUUAUUAUCAUUGUUGUUACCAUCACCACUCACUCACCACACCACCAUAACCAUUUCCUUCCACAAUCUUCACCUAAUCAGGAACUGUAUGCAAAUGCAUUCAAUUUAGCUUCACCAUAAGCAGAAACAACACCAAGCGAAGGUUGAAAAUGGCAAUAGUUUCAAAGUAUUUCAAUUCUUCUCACUGACGACUCACGCGCCUCACCCUAACAUCUCUAUUAUCUCGUCCCUGCUAUAGUUUCUCUCGUCUCUCUCACCUCUUGUUGUUAGAUAACCUAAGAUGUAACAUGUUGCUUGGAUCUGUAGGAGAGAGUUGUUAAAUUGCGAGCUGGAAUGGCUACCCAGACAAUAGCUGAAGCUGCACAGAAAAUUGUCACCCCUGAAACCCUCAUCUAUGCAGCAAAGCAAUCUCAACGUUGCCUCACUGUCCCUCUUCCUCUUCGCCGUGCCAUUAAGAAAUACCUUCGAGAGCAAGAGGAGCCAUAUAUGAAGAGGAAGGUGUUGAGACUGUCCCAGUCAUUCAAUGAAAUCAAGAAUGUCAAUCUGCAGCUGGCAACCACCACAUCAAGGGAGAUAGUCGAACACCCUUUAAAGUCCCUUGAACAAUCGAAACGUUGGAAGAUUACGAGCUCCUAUGGUGACAUUGGUCUCACCUAUAGAGAUGAGGAGACAAUUGCUUAUGUAGCUUCUCGAAUGCCUGCCGUUUACUCUGCUUGUUACAGAGUACUUAAAGAGGUUAGUAGAAGGCUUCCUGGUUUCUCCCCUACCAAGGUCUUAGAUUUUGGUGCUGGGACUGGUUCAGCUUUCUGGGCACUGCAAGAAGUUUGGCCAAAAUCUUUGGAGAAAGUUAAUAUAAUAGAACCAUCACAGUCAAUGCAGCGUGCAGGUCAGCGCCUCAUACAAGGUCUCAAGGAUUUGCCACUUAUUCAUAGCUAUGACAGCAUUCAAGCUCUGUCUAAAGAUAUUAGUAAAUCAGAGAGAGGGCAUGACCUUGUAAUUGCUUCUUAUGUGCUGGGAGAGAUUCCGUCUAUAAAGGAUCGAAUUACCAUACUUCGACAGCUUUGGGAUCAAACACAAGAUGUUCUGGUUUUGGUUGAACCAGGAACGCCUCACGGAUCCAGUAUUAUAGCUCAGAUGAGAUCUUACAUAUUAUGGAUGGAAGAAAGAAAACAUCGUAAAUCUUCUAAAAAGAACAAUGAAGUUUGUAAAGAUUUGAUUACUGAGAAGGCCGGUGCUUUUGUGGUUGCUCCUUGUCCUCAUGAUGGUACUUGUCCACUGGUAAAAUCUGGAAAAUAUUGUCAUUUUGUUCAGCGCUUGGAAAGGACAUCAUCGCAGCGUGCUUACAAGCGUUCGAAGGGUGAACCCUUACGUGGCUUUGAAGAUGAAAAAUUCUCCUAUGUUGUUUUUAGACGAGGCCCAAGACCAAGGGAACCUUGGCCCCUUGACGGUAUUACAUUUGACACUCUGAAGGAGCAGCAAGCUAAAAGAAAUCCAGAGGAUCUUGAAAUUGACUACGAGGACUGGUUGAAGUUGCAAGAAGCUGAUGAUGAUGCUCCACGUGAAGUAGAUGCAAUAAGAAGAUAUGAAUCUGAUGGUUUGGAAACUGACGGGGAUGGCGAAGAUGAUAAUGAAGAGGUUAAGGAAACGGAAGAAGAAACAGAGAUCGCUGAUCUUGGAGGUGGUUGGGGAAGAAUUGUGUUUAUGCCUAUUAGAAGGGGUAAACAAGUAACUAUGAAUGUGUGUAGAUCAAUCAAAAGAGAUGCCUCAGAGGGUGAAUUUGCCCGUAUGGUUGUAACAAAAAGCAAGAAUCCUGCCUUGCAUCGUCAAGCCAAGAGAUCUAUUUGGGGUGAUUUGUGGCCAUUUUGAAGCAAGAUCAUUUGUGUUAGUUUUUUUUUUUUUUUUUUCAUUUAUUAUUGUGCCUCUUUUAUAAGUAUGAGUGUUUAAGGGCCAUGCCUUAAUUGAUAUAAGAAAUUUCUCAUUAUAUAUAUUUUUUAGGAAGUAGCUCUUCUCAUUACAUGCAUGAUAAAGAGAUUAGCAUUUUAGGUGAACAUGAAGAUGUUUUAGUUGUCAAAAGAUAUAUUAGUCUUUCUAUUUGUGAAAAUGAAUGGAUAGCAUGGAGUAAAUUUUCCCUCAAACUUUUAUUUCA